AAAGAAGGGAUCAUAGAAAGCACAUCAUAGACGCGGUUUGCCGCAGUCUAAUAUGCCUUAUUAAGGCACAAGAAAUUUUCAAACCGAUUUUUUUAAACAACAAAAAAUGAGUCUGUUAAAAUUAUCGAUGGGACUAUUUUUAGUCCUUUUGGUAAAUGAAGUUCGCUGUGGACAAUUGCGAAGGAUAUGGAUGCAAGAUCAUUGUCAAAAUGGAGUUUGCAGUGGAAUUGAGAUUGGACGAAACGAUUACGUUAUAAUGUCUCAAGAGCCCUUUGAAAAGCAAACAAUGCUCACUUUCGUCAAUUCAUCAAUUAGGAAAAUACCACACCUAAUGUUUGAUACUUUUCCAGACCUUCAAAUAUUGCGCAUGGAAAACUGUUCGGUAGAAACAUUUGAAAAACCUCAGUUCGAAGGUGCUAGCAAUUUAAUGAGUUUGUUUUUGGGACAAAACUUGCUAAAGGAUAUACCGAAGAAUAUAUUUUUGGGAGCUGAUAAUUUAAACACGCUGUUUAUAAAUAACAACCAAUUAAAAAUAUUAAAUAAUCAAAGUUUCAAUGCUUUAAAAGAAUUAAAAAAACUUUCAUUGGAAAACAAUCAGUUAGACAUAUUGCCGUCGGGAAUUUUUGCACAUAUGAACAAUUUAUUCGAUUUAAAUUUAGCUGGAAAUCUGUUGGAACUUUUCCCAAGGAAUAUUUUUGAGAAAAAUGUCAACUUAAAACGAAUUAGUCUAGCAAGGAAUCGGUUUAAAGUUUUUGAAUCAGAUUUAUUUAAAACUCAAACUCAUCUGUCGUUUUUGGAUCUUUCUGGGAAUAUAUUGCAGGAUUUGACACUAAAUUUACCAAUUUUAGAUUCUGUUGUAGUCAAUAAUUGCGAUUUACGUAAGUUGAAUGUUUAUGGCAUCGUCAAAGAGCUAGAAUUGCGUAAUAACUCCUUAAGAGAAAUCCCUCAUAUUCCAAAUGCUCUUAACCUCACAAGUUUGGAUUUAUCAUUGAAUCCGUUGGGUAGUUUACAAGGUCAUCCUUUCAGGAGAUACACCAACUUGUUGCGGUUAAACUUAAGUAGUACCAACAUGCACGAGAUCAGUGAAGGUGUAUUUAAAAAACAAGCUCAAUUAAAGUUACUAGAUAUAUCAUCUAAUUCCCUAUUCAAUUUGAAAUUUAUCGUAUUCGAUAAUUUGAAAAACUUGCAAUAUUUUCACUUUCAGCAGAAUAAUUGGAAUUGUGAUUUUUUACAACUGCUAAUGAAUUCAUUCGUUAAAAAACUCAAUAUAUCUUUUAUGGAAGACUCAGUUGCUCCUGAACUAGUAGAUGACUACGUAGAUGGAAUUGCGUGUUGGUAUGAAUAUAAUAAUAAAAAUCCUAAGAAGUGUGACGAUGGUUCUGAUGCAGCCCUGGAGUUGGCGAUAGUUCGGAACGAUAUUAAGCAAAUGAUGGAUACAAUGGAAAAAAAAUUUGUCAAAGUCUAUCGGUUAUUAGAAGAAAUGAAAAUACGAUUAUAAAUAUGAAAAAUAUGAUAUUCAUAAGUUGAAAGAAUCCAUGUCAAUGCCGGCAGCAGUUGAAUUUGUCAUUUGCAAUUUCAAUAAAAUUAAUCACAGACUCUUUGCAGUCCAAAUUAUGACUUGAAGAAAAUUCAAAAAAGAAAACAAAUUUCAAAAAGUGUAUGUAGAUAACUUUCUAUAAAUCGAUUUACCUUUUCAGUUUGAUUGGCGCAUAUGCUAGCUUUACAAUAUCAUAUAUUUUUGUUUCAAAGUGUGUAUCUCGAAAACAAAAAUUCUUUAAAAAUCGCAUCGAAGUCUUUCAAUUUUACAAAAACUUUUGUUAACAGUAUGUACAAUAUAGAAAAGAUAAAUUCAGUAUAGUAUAAUAAUUAGUUUUCAUAUUUGGAAAGAUUGACCAAUGUAAAGUAUUAAACGAAUCGAAUAUUUGAGAAUAUAUAAAACACUAUUUACGAUAUCUAAAUUAGAUAUAAUAGAGAGUGUUAAUAGUUCUAAUAGAACUUUUGUGUUUUUGGGGCAUAAAUAAUUAAAAUCAUAAUAAAUGUAUGUACCUAAUUACUAAUAUAAAUAUAUAUGUUUUUUUUUUUUGUUAUUAUUGACUACUUCUAAUGAUAAAAAAGUUGUUUCUUAAAAACAAAUGUUUAUCAUUUUAUCAAUACAAACUUUAUAUUUCGAAAUUUAAUUUGUUUGUUUCCAUAAAAACUAAACAUUAUCUUAUAUAUUUUUACAUAUGCAAUUUUUUACAUAA